AGCUCACAUUCGUGAUCCCGAGACGAUAAACACAUCGCACACUAACACAUCGCACACCGGGCGGGAAAGGCGAAGCUCGUCAUCUGCCUCCCAAAAUGAGCUCAAUCAUCCCCCCUCAGGUCCGAUCGCUGCGGAGAAAGCUCGUGGCUGCGACGACGACAUCUCGGAAAUCCUUGACGACCUUUCCUCUCGCGUCCUACUUUUCCAUCCACCUGCUCCUGUCGGCCUUUCUCCUCUUCAGCUUUGGGUUCUUGCCUCGAUCAGAAGCAUUCUGGAGGAAUGAAAAUGCGCUCGGGAAUAGCGGUUUCAAGCAGACGGUCUCGGCAGACAGGCCAGAGCAUCCCUUCUUGACGCCCAUCACGAGCGAUCCCUUCAAGACGAUGGUGCUCGAAUUGAUCGGGGUGACGUUCUGCAUGAUCUGGUGGAGCGGUCAUCUGAGGAGCUGGUGGAGCGUGGUCAAAUCGAGCGAAAGGAGGGCGGCAGGUUCCGCCUCGACUCAAGAUUCCGAACCGGUCGUCAGGGAAGAUCUCGCUCGUCGUCUCGAGUCCACAAGAACUGCCGGUCUAGCUACUGCCGCAGCGGUUCCUCUUGUUCUAGCACUGCUGUUGCUCCUAGGCGUCUCGACCAACUCACAAUGGUCCUUGACCUUGAUCCUGGCUAUGCAGCUCUCGAUGAUGCUAGUAUUUCCGAUAGUCGACGCUCUCGGUAUUCCCGACCUGUACGCCAAAGGCACGCUGGACCGGUAUCGACUGACCAGGCUGUUCUGUGAACUGGAUCUUCGAACGUCGCUCGAACGGGCGACCGUGUAUCCGGUUUAUGGAACCCUCAUCGGGACCUGGUGCGGAGUCAUCCCCAUGGCCUUGGACUGGGACCGACCUUGGCAGGCAUACCCCUUGACUCUGGCAUUUGGAUCCAUACUCGGAUUCAUCGCAGGUGGCUUUGCGAGCUUUUCCGUGUCAGCUGUGGAAGAAGCCGUCGCCGCGUCGUCUUCGAUGGACGCGGUAGAAGUACAACCCGCAGCGGGUGGCAGGACACGAAAGCAGAUCCGAAAGAAGGGCAAAGCGAAUUGAACGGUGUAGCGCAGAUAUAACGUUACCGAUAGCAUACACAUAGAGUU